UAUCAGGCUCAGUCAUGUGCCUCACAGGCUCAAAUUAAGUGGAUAUUUGUAGCUUUUUACAAGUUUUACUGCUCAAAGUUUGCGUUUCGAUACGAAAUGUGAAAGAAUCGCAUAGUUCUGAGAUGGUUAGUUUAAGUGGAGACCGAGGAAGCGGGGUAAGAGAUUUUUUUCCGCAUCAGCGCAGUCUGGACUGUUUUAACGAAUACUGUUCUGCUUAUUCCUUUGCGUUCAGAUCAUCUGAAGUAUCAAGCGUGUCGUCUGUAUUAUAAAGUUUCCAUUUGUCCUUUCGUUCAUGUCAGUUUAAAAUGAAAUAUAGAGAACUAAAUUUGUUUCCUCGGUAAUGAGGAAGAUACACGCGCUAACGUUGUCGCAAUCAAAAAGAAAUUUCCGCACUUCAGGUUAAAUGACACAAUUUCACUAGUAUACUGGCAGAAUAAAUAUGUGUUUAACUAUCUCACAGGUUAACCAACAACAGUGAGACGAUGCAAGUUUUUGCAUGCUCACUAUUUGUUUUGAUUUUUCGUUAGGUUCGUUUAUCUUUUCCCUAACUUACUUGCAAGUGACAUACAUUGUAACAUUUAUUAGGUUAUUUAACAUUGCUGAGGAGGGGGGCUCAUUGUAGCAUGAGAUGCCGUGUGGUUCCAUGACUUCUGGUGCAAUAUCAUGCUUAUCUUCAGUGUCUGUAGCAUGAGUGUUUCUACUUCUCGUGGCAAAGCAAAUAUGAACUGGCAGGCUUCAAACUCUCACCUUUUGUGAGUUUGAAGUAUGAACCCUUAAGUCCCAUAAGUCAGACCAAGACAGAAUUUCCCCUAGAAUGUCAAUACAAUAUAAAGCAGACAAAAGAUUAGAGGAAAAAUUAUCAAUUAGGGGAAUAUUGUUUGAUCCAAUACCAAAUUCUCAGAACACAAGUAAUAAGAAUUACACGGCAGAUAGUAAGUAGAAUUACUACCACUGUAUUACUAUUACUGUAACGAGAUCUUAGGAGUGAAAGGAUUAACCCCCAAAGGCCAGAGCAUGGAGGAACACAUCAUUUAUCUGAAGUAGUGAUGUGGGGGGAAAAGGAGAAUAAAGGUGGUUACACUCCUAUGGACAUGCAAAACAAACUACAGGGAGAGUGUUUACUAGUUUUUUUUUUAGCACUUUACUUCUAAACAUUAUUAGUUGAAAGAUAAGAGGUCCUUAUCCAUAAAAUAUUAUGUACAGUGUAAGUAUAUUUUGGUGUUGUUUUGGUUUUGUUGACAUAUUUAUUUUAUUAUUUGCUAAAUUUUUAUAUAGCUGCUCUCAAAUUCAGGGAGCAGUUAAGGUUAUGUAUCUAUGUAAGUCUCACUUUAAUUUUUUUUUUUCUCUUUUUUUUUUUCUCCCCACAGGGUUACUUUUUCGACCGAGAGGACAGUGGCAGUCCAGGGAUAUCUUCUCAAGCCCAGGAAGAAGCCCUAGCCAAUGACACAGCUUCCCUGGGUCUUUUACCUGAAACAAAGUUUCAUCCAAUUCGAACAGCAUGGAUUGCUAUUUUGCAGCUGAUCCUCUUUGUAAGUACAAGCACAAGUUAAGAGUUUAUAGAGAUAAUGGGCAAUACAAAGAUAAUUUGGAUGUUAAUCAAGUUCUUCAUUUGCCUCUUUGGUUUUGGAAGAAAAUCAGUGCUAUGAAUUACAUGUAGCAAAAAGAAAGACAUUCAGCCAUGUUGUAUUUUCAAAUUUUGUCAUAAAAGGAUUUGUUGAUUUUGCCAAAGAAUUUCCUCAAAGUAUUUCUCUCUACUAAUAGAACAGUGUAUGCUUUGUGCUUGUGAUUGAUAAUGGUAAUAGGACUGAGUGGAGUCCAAUUCUGUCUGUAAUCGUACGAGUGAUAAACAAAAUUAUAUAAUAAGCUCAUUUAUGCACGCAUUCUGAUAGGUUCUCACUUAUGAUCUAUUGGAGGACAGACGUAUUGAUGACAUCAUCAUUAAAAAUUUUUUUCCAUAUAUUUUGAUUCUUUAUUAUAUAAAACAAAUAUAUUCCAAGUUGCCGCGUGUCUGUUCAGUAAUAGAUCACAGAGGACGUCAAAAUGUGGUAAGAACAUCAGUGACACACUCGGCUGCGCCUCAUGUGCCACUUUUUUGUUCUUACCACAUUUAGACGUCAUCUGUGAUCUAUUACUGAACAGACGCAUGGCAACUUGGAAUCUAUUUGUUAAAUUGGAUGACUGCAAAGCAGGAGUCCGAUUUGUUAAUCACGAGUAUGAUUACAGACAGAAUUGGACAGCACAAAGUCCUAUUAUCAAUUAAUCAAAACUAUGACAAAAUUUGAGAAAGAAACUAGACAUUGGGUAUAUGUUUUCAUAAAAAUAUCAACAUUUAACUUGGUGAAAUGGGAGACAACAGUGCGCUCAUGAUGCUUUCUGUCCUCUUACAUAGGCAUGAUGUGUUAACUGUCCCUUGAACUGUGUUAUUACACUGUCCAAUUACAAGCAUGAUGUGUACACUGGCCUAUUAGUGCUCAAAUCAGGCUGGUGAUAACCAAUCACGUUCGAGAAUUUUGUUAUAGUUUUGAUUAGACAGUAUAAUUGGACAGUUAACUGUAUGUGUUGUGUCUCUAUACACAUCAUGCAUUGUUGUUUUGCUUUUCUCAGAGUUUACUGGGUUUUUUUAUGAAAAUGUAUAGCUACAUGUAGUUUGUUUCUUACAUUUUGUGACAGUUUUGAUUAAUUGGUAACAGGACUUUAUGUUGUCCAAUUCUGUCUGUAAUCAUACUUGUGAUUAUCAAAUCAGAUUCUCACUUCAUGCUUGUCUGGUUUUGUCAAUCACUCAUAUGAUUACAGACCAUGCUGGACUCCACUCAGUCCUACCAUCAUUAUGGAUUGGUAAGACUUGUCUUCAGUUAUCUUUAGUAUGGAUAUGUAAUAUUAAAUAUUUGACACAAAAUUAAAGAAUAUAAUAUUAUGUCAAAUAAAUAACUUUUAAUUAGCUUGGAAAAAGGCUUGAAAGAAACGGCAAAUGCAUGCAUGCUAAAUUUUGCAGGAAAAGGAAGAUAUCAAGUUUGGAUGAAAUACCAUUCAAUAGACUAAUGUACUAUACAUUCUGAUUGGCCCCAGUUUGGCGUGUUACAUUAGCCUAUAAAGCAGGGCAGCUUGGCCAAUCACUCCCUAUAAUUUUCAAUAAAGCUUAUAAUUGUAUAUAUAAAUAUAUAUUUAUCAAUUUUUUAUUUUUCAGAUUGCUUUUGAAUCCCUUCAAUUUAUUUUGCCAAAUAAAAACCUCAUGGGUAAAAACUUUGAGGAUUCCUUGUCGCUUGGUGGUACGGAUCCUCCAUUCAGCUUCUUCAUCUUGCUACAUGUGGGGUUGUGGGUAGUUAUAUUUAUCUGCGACAGAGUUUUGCAAUAUCAACAUCAUCAGUCCCAAGCUAAAGGCUAUCUGGAGUUCUUUAGAGAGACCAAAGAGUUGAGAAGAAUUCCGCACGCCAUUUUAUCACUAGGUCUGGUUACAUUUUCACAGCACUAUCAGUAGAAACAGUAUUUUAUUUUACAACACUCUAAUUCAUACUUGGUUGAAUUAAGGUAUAGGAUUAAUGAUUGACCAGCAGACUAACACCCUAUUUGGGUGGGAAGAGAGUUGGAAAGAGGUCCAUUACCUUCUCUGUGCUCUUCUGGGAAAAAUGUGUGAAUGGAGUGAAUUAAUUUUCCUGGUAUUUGUAUCAAUCUCUUACAUACUUACAGGGUGAGGAAUGUUCACCAACACCACUAGGUGUUGAAACAGCAUUGUUAUUUUAUAGGUCAACUUAAAGACUUAUUUUGAAGACUUACCAGUACAUAUGUUACAGUAUAUUCAGUGUGGAAACCAUAACUAUUGAAGCACUGGAAACAUGUUUUAUCCAUCAGUUGUCAUUGGCUCCCAAUGAUUCAAACUCCUUUCAACUCUAAUGUGUGCAAUUUCCAUCGAAAGCUUGAUGUAUCAAGAGUCAAACGCGAUGUUUGUUUUUCUUCCAGGAAAUGCUGUUUUGUUGGUUAUAUAUGCAGUCAUGGGUCAUGAUUCAAACAAAUCUGACAGGGGUGACCUGGCACUAUACAAUAUAUUGCAGAUUAUUUUCACUGUUGAGUUUAUUAUAUCUGUGCCUGGAAUUCUGUGGUACUUAGGUAAGUUGUGCAAAUAUUCCAAACAUUUUAAAACUAAUCUCUCCAUAGAUCUGAGAGCUUGGAGUCUCUAAUUAAUGAUCACUCAUCUCCGUGAAGGCUACUUUGUCUUCCUAGCAGUGUCUAAAAAAGCUAUUUUAAAAAGAAAUAUCAACCCCUUCACUCCCAAGAUCUCGUAUUUAGUACUUCUCCUUACUGUUCACCAUACAAUUUGUAUGACGCUAGAUUGGAGAAUUCGGUAUUUGAUCAAUUAAUAAAAGUGACAUUUACCUGUGUUUGUAUACUAAAUUACUUGUAUCAAUAGUUUUGUCUCCCAAAUUCUGAAGGCAAUCAUUAAAGUUAGAAUUGUAGGCUACUCCAAAGAAUUUGCUCCUACAUUGUGAAUGAAGGCAAUGUCCCUCAGUUUGAUAAUUUUCUAAUUUCUCAGUACCUGUCCACUUAACAUUGUCCAAAAUUCCUGUGGUAGAGAAUACUUGUGUUCUGUUCACUGUGGGAGUGAAGCUGCUUACCGAUACUUGUUUUCUGUGGCUAUGUUAUGUUUUGUUGUUUCAGUAAAAGUUAUCAAGUUCAACGUAAGAAGACCACUCCCAGAUGCAGAGGACUCCGAAUUUUUUAACGUUUACACAAACAAUGGGGCAUCUUCCCUUUCCGUAACAGGAUAUAGGUGAGUAUGGAAUUGUUUUCCCUCAAGACCUUCACUAGCAUUGUAAGUCACACGAUGUGGUAACUUCCGAUGUGGAUUGCGUGUAUCGAUUGCAUUUUGUGAUUCUUCCUCGGGCUUUAAGAUCAACUGGUUACGCGUUACCUAAGGAACCAAUAUGCCCAGCUGUGAUUGGCUGGUAUUUAACGGCUGUGAUUGGUGCAAUUCGCAGAAAUAUUCCCUCAGCGAUUGGCUGUCGCAUAACACUCCUGGUGUUGACUUGCGUAUUUAUUUUUGCUGAUCGUCGGCCUUCUCUGCCAUUCGACCUUGUCUUGUCGACCUAAUCUAAUCGACAGGUUUCCGAGACACACGUGUAUAAGCGAAUUACUGUUUUGAGUGACCAGGAUUAGGAUCUUUUAGAUUCAGUGCAAGUUAUAGUUGUGUAUACUUUGACUGAUGCAUAAAAAUUAACUUCCUCAUACAUUGAACACCCUCUUAGGGACAAUGAUUAUUUAGAUGAAGUCCUGGAGAAACAAGCGGACAUGAUCCGAUAUCUACAGCAACACAAUACCAACUUGGGAAAACGGCUGAUGAAACUAACUGCACAACAAGACCGGGGAAGCUUGGAGGCCUGAUUCUAUUUGUAUUCGGCUUACAUUUAGUCCCAAGGCCCUUCCGCUAGGUUAAUUCUGGAUGCUUUUGUAAGACGUAACGUGACCCCUUCCCAGACUUUGCGCGGACAAAAAGAGAACGCCUGGGGAAGGCUAAUUUGUAUUCAUACGUGGUGUUUCAAGGAAUGGAUUAAGAAGUCUUUCCUCUCAGAUCUAGAGUUGUUCAAAUAACCCAGUCGUCCGUUUCAUUUGUAAAGAAUAAGAUCGUCAAUUUUUCGUUCCUACUAAACGUAAAAGAAGAAUCAAAUAACUUAAUUUAACCCUUUGAGAGCCAUGACCAUCGUUUUUGAGUUUCUCUUCUAAAGAUUCAAAUUGUCAUUACGUAAAUUUCUUAAUUCCUCCAUCUAAUAUAUUGUCAAUAAAAGGUUUGUCAAAAAAAAAAAGACAGUAGUAAUGCUAAGGUUACAAUGUAAGAGUACAUCGUUUUUGUAUUUAGCAACUAGGAAAUGGGAAAAUGAACAGUAGAGCUGAUUGCUUUCUGUGUACUUUUGUUCCUUCUGUGUUCCUUUGACCAGUGCCACCUUUUCCAUUUAUAACAGAACACUUUUGAGGAUUACUGCAGUUUUCAGGUUCGAUAUUUUUUGUAUUGUUCUUUUCGUUCGUUGUCAC